AUGACGGAACUAACAGAGCAGAGAAUCAAUCGGAAAAGCAGUAUACCGAAACGAUUGAGUGAAAAUAUGGCUCACCAACCUCAAUCGACCACAGAAAAACUACUACAGUUCUACUGUAAUAAACUGGAGCAAGACGCACCGUAUAAAGCGUUUAUACGAGGUUUACCGGAACACACGCUGCUAAUCGAAAUCAUUGAGGAACUGGCGAACUUUGGACUUACCGCAAUUAAUGUACAGGGGAUGAUAUCAAGAAGAGACAGAAGAAAACUGCCGCUGUUUCUUGUUGACGUUAAACCACAAGAAAAUUACCUUAUUAAGGAAUUCAAUAAAUGCCAAGGCAGAACCAUUAAGAGCACCAAUUGGACUAACCCAUUGUUAUAG